UGUUUGUGCGGGCUAGCUAACUCAUUUAUUACGAGACCGUCCCAGCGACCCCGUCCAUAUCUGCUCAUUUAUCCCCACAAAGUCGAGAGGAAGAACCCUAGGUACACCUCAUGGAGAACGCCAACCAAGGUGUGGAUCCGCACGUGCUUGAUAUAGUCAAUUGCCCGGAUUGUGGAAGGCGGGUGGUGACGUUUGUGGCGAGGCGCAGCCAGUUUGCGGGCAAGAGGUUCUACAAGUGCCGCAACCACAACCUGGGGAGAGGCGGGUGUGAUUUCUAUUGGUGGCAACAAGCAUAUGCGGAGCACUUGGCUGGGCUUGGACCAGUCGUGCCUCCAUUGGCGCAGAUCAAUCAGGGAGAAAAUGGCAUCGGAGGAGCAGAUCAAGGUGGUCAGAUGCAGCCGGCGGAUCUAGCAGGAGGCCAGUAGAUCGGAGGGCUGGAUGCCUCCAACAUGGCAUCCACGGCGGCCGAUGUUGCAAGUCCACGUGGAUGGGGGGCACCUACCCAUGUGCCUACAACAACUAGCAUUUUGAGCCAUGAAGUAACACGUACCACAGAGUCGGGGAGUUUCAGACGGUGAUGUUACUCACCAACCACCCGGCUCGCAGCUGUUUUCAUUUCCCCAGCCCCAUUCACAUUCCCAUCAACUUGCCAUAAUGAAUGCUCUAUGCCAGGUGUAAAGCUUGAAGGUUGCUUUCUCUCAACCAGGGGGUGUGCUGGUGGGGGUUCUCGAAUUGCAAUGUUGGUCUAGAUCUGGCUGACUAGCUCGAUCCAGACGAACUCAUCUGCGUGAAUCGGCCUCUUGUUCUAAAGUCUUGGUUCACGGGCGUCUACGCGAGAUCGUCAGGUUAAUAGAUGGAGGAAGAGGAUGAAAACCAUGGGUGGGGAGGCGGAAGUCAUGAGCAAAUAGAAUUUACUUAUGGUGUUGCUAAAAUUCAAGGAGAUGUUUUGGAUGAUCAGACAGGGCUGACUUUGUGGCUAUCUGUCAAGCAUGUAGUCAAGGUCGUCACAAGAUUUGAUGAGUACAAGAGAUGGCUUGUGUCUGAGAUUGGUUUUGAUGGUAUGCUCAAACUUCCAAUGCUGGGGAAGAUGGAUUUAAGGAUGAGUGUGUGGAUUAUGCGGAAGGUGAAGGUUAAGUUGCACACAAUAGUUGUUGAUGAAGAUAGGGUGAUUCCUUUUGUCCCAGAGGAUUUUCACAAAGUUUUUGGGGUGCCAUGCGGCAACCGUGCUGUUCGUGGAAGGGACCGCGAAAUCAAGACUGCAGCAGUAGAGUUCAUGAAGCUGACAAUUGGGAUGAAUGCAUCACCUGCUCACAAUUUGAAGGCGGCAAAAUAUUUUCUCAGUAGGGAUAUAACAGAGGACUCAAGCAAGAUUGAGAAGGAUUGUUUCCAGAUUUCUUUUGUUAUCUUUGUGAUGGGUUACGUAUUGUCAUCGGGCACAAAAUACGAGCACAUGACGAUUGACUUUUGGGGCGCUCUUGCCAAUACUGAAUUAAUAUCUCAAUUUAAUUUGUGCGAGUAUGCCGUUGAUAAUCUCAUGGCAGCCGUGAUCAAGUUGCAGAUGGAAUAUCAUAACAAGGCACAAGUAGUUCAUCUUUCCGGAUGUCAUUUGUUCUUUCAGAUUUUCUUGUUGGACAACAUUGAUCUUGGGAUUUUCAACAUGAUACAUUCUGUAUUCCCGCGAAUCCAGUGUUUUGACUAUAAAAUACUUCGUCAGAUGAUUACGAUGGCGCGGUGCGAGCAGCGAGGGAGUAUAACCUAUGUCCCUGGUGUUCUGCGGCCAGCAGAUUCUGUGUGCUAUGUCUGGGUCUUUGCGGCUAGCUCAUUGUGUAUGGAAGGUAAAUCACGUCCAUCUUCACCGAAGCAACCAUCUUCAAGGAUGUCUGUGACACCUAAAUAUCAGACAUCAAAGGUUCGCUUAGAUGGGAAGACAGGGCCAUUCAACUAUCUUGGGGACCCUAUGGCUGCGCAUAAGUCAGUGGGUCCAAGUGAUUUUAGCAAGUAUGUUCGUCAGAUUUGCAAAGAUGAUCCGGCCCUGCAGGAGUUGAGCCUCAUGUUGAAGCAGCACAAUGCCAAGUGCAUGUUGAGCACGACAUUGUUAAGGAACCAGUUGCAGUCUGACAUGUUCUUUUUUUGCGGAAAAAAUGGUUGAACUUGUGAAGGACCGAUGUAGAUGUUGUUCAAAUCGAGGAUUGUCGAAGUGUAUUAGUCUCCAGAACGCUGGUUUGUAUUGUUCAAGUGCUUAUAUAUAAUAUGCGGCUGGUAAUCACCGCAGGACAGUUUUUGAAGUUGGCCGUCGUCUUGAUAUGGGUUGUGAUGAAGUCCCCAGAAAUUCAAAUGUUGAGGAAGGCCAGCAAAGAAUGAAAAGGAUUUGUGUUGAACAGAACAAAAACAAAGAAUUAGCAGAGGGCGAGGCGCGGAAUGAAGAUGAUGCCCCUGUGUACAACAAUCCCGUGGUGCAGAGAGAACCAGAUGAUACGACGAAGAUGUUUGAAGACAGAAUUGUAGUCUAUGCAUAGACUAUCGUUGAAAUGGUUAAAUCUCUAUAUGAUACAAAUGCAGAGGAGGCAAAUUGUGUUUACUUUCAUUCAAUGGAGGCUAAGUUACCCAGGCUUAGCAUUUGGUUCCUGCACGCAUCGCCAAGGCUGUUGAGGGUAAAUGAUGUAUGUGUUCAGCAGUAGAUUGUUGGAUCGCAUGCUCUUGAUCAUGAGGUUGCUACUCUUCUUCUGCGGAGGUUUCAUCAGCUUGACAUUGGGCUUGGGGGAGUAAAUACAUAUAUGAUGUGGAAGGAAGUUCUUGAACCAGAUUUUUCGAUGCACGCUCUUGCUGGGGAGAAAGUAUUGCACGUGAAAGCUGUCCAGGGUGUACUUGCGCAAGCGAUUCAUGAUAUAACAACAUGUAGGAUGUUUUUUGUCCCUACCGUGCUCGAUCAAGGGUGGGCGGCGUAUAUGUGGGACAUGAUGAGGAAGGAGAUUCAUGUCCUCGACCCUUUGUGUCGCAAACAACGUAAGCUCAUGCAUGAGGAGGCAGUUUCACAGAUACAUGCUGCAUUAUUCAGCUGCUUGAAUGAAUACUUUGCAAAGUGGCAUUGCACAUCUGAAAGUUGGAAGCGCAAGUUCCCAAAGAUUACAAAUGACAUUUUCACAAGGGAUGAGUCUGGAAUAUGCAUGAUGCAUGCAAUUAGGAAUUACAGUGGGGAGAAGAUGAUGUGUCCACUGACGAAGAAUAAUAUUGCAAGUUUUAGGAAAGUGGUUGCAUAUGAGGUUUUCCGGUUACGGGAUGAUCAAGGUGAAUUCAUGGCUGACGAUGUUCUGCGUGCUACAUUUGGUGAACCCGAGGAAUGAUUUGCAUGAAACAGGUUUAUGUGCUUCGGGUGUUGGGUUUUAUCACCUAGGAGUAAGUAAAUAAUGUGGUAAGACGAGUGCACUGAGAUGAAGGAAAUGCUGAAAAAUCAUGUAUUGUAUAUGUAUGCGAUGUAUGAUGGACUAUGUUUCAAGUAAUAAUGUUGUACUUUUUAUUUAAA